GCAGAACGUACAUGAAGGUAUAGGUUUGUUCGAGUUGCUUGAAAUCCCCAAAAAUUUUUGCACUCGAGAUGAGAUAAAUAUAUAUUCGAUCGUAAGAAAGAGAGAGACGACAAAGAAAUUAAUUCAAAAAGGACAGCAACACGAACAGGCCUCAUAAGAAAGUGCACGUGCAAGUAAAAACUCGUCUGUCAGCUGGGUCGGCGAAGUGCGGCGAAGUUACGUCAAACACGAUUGGGACAAUCACUUCGUCAAAAUGAAUUUCGGAAGAGUGGCUAAUAUUAACGUGUUUCACAAAAUUCGACAGCUCGAAACAUUGGUUAAGCCUGGUGGUUUACUUGUGCGAACUUGUAAUCCAACGCAGUUUCCCAAGUCUACAUCAAGUCUUGCAAAUCUGAGCCGCUCUGUGAUUCCUAAUGCAAGCAAUUAUCCAAAAUGCAGUAUUUUGUCCAAGUUGUCUGCACAAUCAACAGUUAGCAUAACCCAGACUCGCGCGGCAAGUGCUCAUGGCGACCAUGUACGCUUAUGGGUGAUUGAGAGAAUAGUAUCUGCAUCUUUCCUGGCACUAAUACCUGCAGCCUUACUCUUGGAAAAUAAAUUUAUUGAUAUAGUACUGGCAGCUGCCAUUGUCAUGCACACGCACUGGGGAUUGGAAGCUAUCAUUCUUGAUUACGCACGGCCGAUCGUUGUGGGUACAUUAGUUCCAAAAGUGGCGUUUUUCAUGCUAAAUUUAAUCUCUGCCGCUACUCUCGCCGGUUUACUUGUGUUGAUCUAUAAUGGCCCUGGUCUUACAAAGGUUAUUAAGAAUGGCUGGGCAAUAGGUAAAGAUAGACAGAAGGCUAGUUAAAUAUUAUUGCUACAGCAGAGAUCAUUGUUUGUGUUACAUAUAUGAAGAAGAUAAUAGUAGCUUAUAAAUUCCAGAAUAAAUUAUUUACUUAUUCAACAA